AUGAUACCUCGAUCUGUCCUCUCGAGGCAUCUGCCUCGGUCGACAUGUUCACUUUCUGCACGUCGCUUUCUCUCAGCGACCGUAGGAAAUGCCCAAGCCCCGAUCCCCGAGAGCCCGGCCGCACGUCCGCACACAAUCGACCCCCGAUGGCUCACAAUGAUGAAAAGGCGAAUUGGGAGAUGUAUGAUGUUUGGCCUCAAGCCAGCCCAGGUCGAUGAAGGUGGACAGAUUCUUCAGCAAUUGGCGAGAGACUGGCGUGAACUGCUUGCAGGGAGCGAGGGGUUCUUGACUGACGAGAAGCGUCGAGGCCUGUUUCGGCAUAAUGUGGUGUGGGGACAUGUCAACAACGUCACAUAUGUCAGAUACGCCGAGACUGCUCGAGUAAAUUGGACACGCAACAUAGGCAUUCACAUCGAUCCCGAGCACAAGAAGGAAUGGCUAAAUAUGGUCAGCUCAGCCGGUAUUGGGCUAAUACUGAGAAGUAUGAAAAUUGACUACAAGUUUCCCAUGAAGUCCCCUGAUAAGAUCACUGUGUACCAAAAACUUGUUCACGACCCUACUUCACCACUUUCGCCGCAAUCUGCCUUUCAGCUGCAUGUUAUGAUCUUGUCCGAAGCUCGCCAACGGCCCGCGGCUCGGUGUCACGAGGAAAACGUCAUUUAUGACUACCAGAAGAACCAAAAAGCCUCUCAAUUUCCGCCAUUUAUUCUCAAACAAUUCAAGAGGAUUUGGGACCUGCAGGAGAAAUCAAAGUUGGAAUGGCAGCAGCGGAUUUUGGACAUCGAGAGCAGAGUCCGGACCCUUGAAGUUGAGAGCUGGGACCGAGCUGAUGCAGUAGAGGACACCGGCUCUGCAAAGCAAUAG